AUGUCGUCUGCCACAAGACGUUUCCCCUUGUCCGUCGCUUUGCUCUGCCUCUACUUCCGCUCUGCUUCCUCGCUUUCAUUCAGCUUGGACUUCUCCAAGACCGGCGACCCCUGCGGCCGAGAGCUGGUGUGCAAGGGCGACGCAUCCAAAGGCAGCACCAUGAUCGAGCUGACAAACAGUGACCCCACGUCGGUUACUGCCAUGAUCAGCCAAGGCCGGGUGUGGUACGGGACGCCAGUUCCGCUCUGGAACGCCAUCACCGGCGAGGUAGCAAGCUUCACCACCACCUUCUCCUUCAACAUCACGUGGAUGGAAGGCAGCCCUGACUGGGGCGACGGCAUGGCCUUCUUCCUCUCGCGUUUCUCGCGCGACAGUGUCCUGGACAGCAAUUACGGCGGCGGGUUACUAGGCCUUUUCAACAACGGUGACCACCUGGACGCGAGGGGUGAUAGCCAGGUCGUCGCCGUCGAGUUCGACACGCUCCGUAACAAUGAAUGGGACAGCAGCAGUCAGCACAUCGGCAUCGACGUCAACUCCAUCAGGUCGGUGAACUACAAAAACACGAGCUCGGCGGAGAUGAGCAACGCCAAGAACCUCACGUCCGGGUUCACGAUGACUGCCACGGUCCACUACGACAACGGGACGAAGUUGUUGGCCGCCGAUCUCCAGAUCAACGACACCUUCUACCACGUCAGUGCGAUCGUCGACCUGAAGAAAAUCUUGCCCGGGGAGAUGGCCAUUGGCUUCUCCGCGGGGACUGGUGUGAAAAAGGAGCUGCACCGGGUCUUGUCGUGGUAUAAUAUCAUUCUGGGGCUAGGGUCCGCACUACGCUACCUGCACCUGGACUGGGAGCAAUGCGUUGUACACGGUGACAUCAAGCCGAGGAACAUAAUGUUGGAUUCAUCGCACAACACUAAACUGGGCGACUUUGGUCUCGCCCGGCUCGUGGACCACGGCGCAGGUCCGCAAACCACGGGGCUCAUACAAGGCACCGUGGGUUACAUCGAUCCGGAGUUCGUCAACACGUUCCAGCGAAGCACCCAGUCGGACGUCUACAGCUUUGGCGUCGUCCUGCUAGAGAUCGUCUCCGGCCGGCUGCCUGCAAACCGCCGGGAACCAUCUUUCAUGCUGACUAAGUGGGUGUGGAGCCUUUACAGCCAGGACUUGACCCUUGAGGCCACGGACGCACGGCUGAGGACGAUGGACGACGACGCCAGCCAGCGGCAGAUGCAGCGCGCCCUUGUCGUGGGGCUCUGGUGCGCACAUCCCGACCCGGCAGAGCGGCCGUCCAUGGCGCAGGCGAUGCACGUGCUGCAGUCGGAGGACGCGAGGCUGCCGGCGCUCUCGUCGCAGAUGUACAGGCAGCAGGUGCCGCCGCCGAGCUUCGGCGCGGGCGAGAGCGGUGCCUCUGGCAACUCAUUAUCCAGCGGCGUCCGCUCUUCCUCGGCAACCACCAGAGUGACAUCUUCACCGGAAUAG